AUGUUUGGUUUGCGCAAAUUUGACGUUCCUGCUUUCCGUCCUGUUGUUCCUUUCAUUGCUGGCGGUGCUCUCGUCCUCUACUUGGUCAACAAGGCUCAAACUGCCAUGAUUAACUCUGAACAAUACAGAAAUGAUCCCAGAAACCCUGCUUUGGCUUCUGGAAAGAAGGCUCAUUAA